GGGGCGGGCAGGGUUGGUUGCGCGGCACGGCGGCGGGUCGGGCGCUGUGAGGGGAGGCAGGAAAAUGGCGCUGACGCAGGGGACGAAGCGCAAAGUCUGCUACUACUACGAUGGGGACGUUGGGAAUUAUUAUUAUGGCCAAGGACAUCCCAUGAAACCCCACAGGAUCCGCAUGACCCACAACCUCCUGCUCAACUAUGGGCUCUACAGGAAGAUGGAGAUCUAUCGUCCUCACAAGGCCAAUGCCGAGGAGAUGACCAAGUACCACAGUGAUGAUUACAUCAAAUUCCUGAGGUCCAUCCGCCCUGACAACAUGUCUGAGUACAGCAAGCAGAUGCAGAGAUUUAAUGUUGGGGAGGAUUGCCCUGUGUUUGAUGGGCUCUUUGAGUUCUGUCAGCUCUCUGCUGGAGGCUCUGUUGCCAGUGCUGUGAAGCUCAACAAGCAGCAGACAGACAUUGCAGUGAACUGGGCAGGGGGGCUCCACCACGCCAAAAAAUCAGAAGCUUCUGGGUUCUGCUACGUCAAUGACAUCGUCCUGGCCAUCCUGGAGCUCCUCAAGUACCACCAGCGAGUGCUGUACAUUGACAUUGACAUCCACCACGGGGAUGGGGUGGAGGAGGCUUUUUACACCACAGACAGGGUCAUGACCGUGUCCUUCCACAAAUAUGGAGAAUAUUUCCCAGGAACUGGGGACCUGAGGGACAUCGGGGCGGGCAAAGGGAAAUACUACGCUGUCAAUUACCCGCUGCGGGACGGCAUCGACGACGAGUCCUACGAAGCCAUUUUCAAACCUGUGAUCUCCAAAGUGAUGGAGACGUUCCAGCCCAGCGCCGUUGUCCUGCAGUGCGGCUCCGAUUCCCUGUCUGGGGACAGGCUGGGCUGCUUCAACCUCACCAUCAAAGGCCAUGCCAAGUGUGUGGAGUUUGUGAAGAGCUUUAACCUGCCCAUGCUGAUGCUGGGAGGAGGGGGGUACACGAUCCGGAACGUGGCUCGCUGCUGGACCUACGAGACUGCUGUGGCCUUGGACACUGAGAUUCCCAAUGAACUUCCAUACAACGACUACUUUGAGUACUUUGGGCCAGACUUCAAGCUCCACAUCAGCCCCUCCAACAUGACCAACCAGAACACCAACGAAUACCUGGAGAAAAUCAAGCAGCGACUCUUCGAGAACCUGCGGAUGCUCCCUCACGCUCCUGGGGUCCAGAUGCAGCCAAUUCCUGAGGAUGCUGUGCAGGAAGACAGUGGGGAUGAGGAGGAGGAUGAUCCUGAAAAACGCAUUUCCAUCCGAAAUUCCAACAAGAGAAUAUCUUGUGAUGAGGAAUUCUCUGACUCCGAGGACGAGGGCGAGGGAGGGCGCAAAAACGUCGCCAAUUUCAAGAAAGCCAAACGUGUGAAAGCAGAGGAGGAGAAGGAGGAGGAGGAGAAGAAAGGUGAGAGCAGAGCUGGAAUUCUGCCUGGAAUUCGAUUCUCUUUUCCUCCUGCACUGCUCUGUGUCUUUAAUUUUAUUUAUUUAUUGUUUUUUUUAAUCCCAGAUGAGAAGGAAGAGGAAAAAGCAAAAGAGGAAAAAGCAGCAGCAGCAGCAGCAGCAGCAGCAGAACCCAAAGGGUGA